GGUCCAGCAGCAGCGUAGUGACGCUGAUGAGAGCUAUAUAUAUAGGCUUCUCCCCUUCAUCACACACAACAAAGUGAAACAGCCAUAUAUACAGAAGAGACAAAGCAGAACUCGCGGAGCCGCACACCGCACACGCCUGACGCCUCAGCCAAAUUGCUCGAGACCCACACAAACAGCGAAGUCCUUAUUGCAAGCGCACGGCUCGCUCGCUUCACUUUCACGCAAAACGCGCGCCAACCAGCGCAGCAGCAGCAAGGCAUCGCAGCAUCAUCGAUCGGUCGACUGAACUUGCUGCGCGCAUAAGCUGCUGGGAGAGAGAUUUCCCCGCACCUUCACGUUUGCUGCACAACAUCCCGAAGUCCACGCGCGCAUCUCCAUCACCUUCAUCAUCAUCCUGGUGACGCUCGCUUCUUGACCCUCACCAAUUUCGAUUCUCACAGAUCACCUUUUCUUGCAACUUUUGCAUCUUUCACCUUUUCCAAACUUCUACACCAUGGCGCCAGUCCCUGGAUCAGUCGAGAUUGGUGGUGCCCCACCUGCUGGGGAGACCAAGGUGCGCCGAGCCUUCUGCUCGCCCGACAAGCUGGUCGAGAGACCUACGGGCAACGAUGGCAAGAUCAACACCAUGAGCGACAUUCUUCAAUUCAUCGUAGGCAAGUACACCAACAAGCCUUGCAUGGGUUACCGUGAACUCAUCAAGAUUCACAAUGAAGAGAAGGAGGUCACGAAGAAGGUGGAUGGCAAGGAAGUCAAAGAGAAGAAGACUUGGCAGCUUCAAGAGCUCAGCGACUACAAGUACAUCACAUACACCGAGUUCAACGAGCGCGUGCAGAACGCAGCCAGCGGUCUUGCGCACCUUGGCCUGAGCACCUCUACACGAUUCAACAUCUACGGCUCCACCUCGCUUGACUGGCAAAACCUCGCCCACAGUUGCUUUGCCCAGAAUAUCCCAUUCUGCACUGCCUACGACACUCUGGGCCCAGAGGGUCUUCAGCACUCGCUCGCUGAGCCCGACGUUGUCGGCAUCUUCACCAACCCACAUCUGGUAAAGACGCUGAUCAGCGUGCUUGACGAGACGCCUACUGUCAAGUAUGUCGUCUACAAUGGGGAAUUGGAAGAGAGCCUCCUCUCGCAAUUGCGCGAGAAGCUGCAGAGCCGAGAAGGCUCUCGCGUCCUCAGUCUGGAUGAGCUCAAGGCUGAGGGCAAGGCAAACCCUGCCAAGCCAAACCCACCCAAGGCGGAGGAUGUUGCUUGCAUCAUGUACACCUCAGGCUCCACUGGUAAGCCAAAGGGUGUGAUCCUCACUCACGGCAACCUGGUUGCUGCGUGCGGAUCGGUGGAGCUUCUUCUCGGACCUCACCUCAGGCCCACGGACACAUUCUUGGCUUACUUGCCACUUGCGCACAUUCUCGAGUUCAUCGUCGAGUGCUCGCUCAUGUAUGUGGGCUUGACGAUGGGUUACGGAGGAGUCAAGACGCUCACGCCUGCGGGAACCAAGAACUGCUUGGGUGACAUUGCUUGCUUCAAGCCCUCCGUCUUGGUUGGUGUGCCCACAGUUUGGGAGACCAUCCGCAAGGGAAUCAACACAAAGGUCAAUGCUGGCCCCACUGUUGCCAAGUAUGCCUUCCGCGGCGCCAUGACUUGGAAGAAGAACAAGAUUCCCCUGCUUUCGUCUGCGUCCGAAAUCGUAUUCAACAAGGUGCGCGCCCAGACCGGAGGCAGACUGCGCGUCGCGCUCAGUGGAGGUGCUGCCAUCUCCAAAGAGACGCAAGAAUUUUUGGACUUGGCGCUCAUGCAGCUCUUGCAAGGAUACGGCAUGACCGAGUCUUGCGGCAUGUGCACGAUCGGCACGCCUGUCUACAACGCGUACAGGACUGUUGGCGUCCCUAGUCCAGCCAUUGAGAUCAAGCUGGUCGACGUGCCAGACGCGGGAUACCACGCCACCAACUCGCCCCCUCAGGGAGAGGUUUGGAUCCGAGGCCCAGCUGUUACCAAGGGAUACUUUAAGCGCGACGAGGUCACCAAGGAGACCAUCACAGAGGAUGGAUGGCUCAAGACUGGUGACGUUGGCCAGUGGAACGAGGACGGCACGCUGAGCAUCAUUGACAGGAAGAAGAACCUUGUCAAGCUGUCGGGUGGAGAGUACGUCGCGCUGGAGAAACUUGAGAGCGUUUACAAGAGCUGCGAUGUUGUGCAAAACAUCUGCGUUCAUGCGGAUAGCAACAACAGCAAGCCCAUGGCCAUCGUAUUCCCUCGCGAGGAUGGCCUCAAGCAAUUCACCUCAAAGAGUCUUGAAGAGGCGGCAGAGGAUGAGGAUGUGGCCAACCAGGUGCUCAAGUCGCUCAAUGAGGUCGGCAAGAAGGGCGGUCUUCGAGGCCAAGAGAUUCUCGAUGUUGUCGUGCUCGUGCCUGAGGACCUGCCCAUGACUGCAGCUCAAAAGCUGGAGCGCGGCAAAGCUGUCAAGAAGUACGAGGACAAGGUGAAGAAGGUCUACUCCUAGAUGGUAGCCUUUCAUCUGUCAGUCUGACGCGCACUUCAUCACGCCGCGUUGGGCCGAGCCCUUUGGUCUGGGCUAGCAUACCCGCUUUUCCCUUCAUCUGUUGCGUCUCUUUCCCUGGAGAUCUUGCCCCGCCAUCCAGAUCGGCUUUCCUCUCCACCUUUGUGCAUGUCCACGAGCGCUGCUUAGUAAGGCAACGCGAACCCUGUAUGGCAUGUCGAUGCCAACGGCGAACCAUGUUUCCUACCGCUUCCAACCUCGCUCGCUCGUCCUUGCAGCUCCACUACGAAUGGAACGACGGCUUCUUUCUUUUGCA